AUUCUAACCCGUGGCGUAAUCACGAAGCAUUGUUAGUCCCGGCGGAGUCAAAUCAUUUCAGAACAGGAGCAAAGUAAGCCGUAGCCACUCCACUCUCAAUUUCUCCAAGCCUCCAAUAGUUUCAGCUAGCUGUUCAAACCCAACUCCGGUAGUCCGGUAUGAUGUCGGCGGCGGCCAGUCCUGACGAGAAUCCGGUUCAGCAAGCACCGCCCCACGUCGGUGUCCCUCCCAUCGAGGGUCCGGCUCAUGCCGUGGCCCCCAACCCCGGCGGCCGCCGCCCUGACGAGAGACCGAUUCAGCAAGCCCCCCACGCCGUCGUCGCUCUGGAGGAGAGUUCGGGUCAGCAAAGCCCCAACUCCAGCGGCCGUCGCCCGUCCCAGGAGGCAAGGGACGGCGACCGGCGUGACGAGGGUCCGGAUCGGCGGCUUUCCCCCACCACCGGCAGCAGCCCUCGUCCAGCCCAGCGUCGUCCUCCAGGGGACGGUCACGGUCUCGGUAGCCUCUCGUGGCUCGAAUUCUUUGGCUUCCUCUUCCUGUCCUACAACAGCGGCAUGGCGGUGUACCAGUCGUGGGGGGACGUCGCCGCCAUCUCGGUGGUAGCUUUCAUGUUCGUCAACAUCGCCAGCCUCGUCGUGUGCCUCAAGCUGUUCCAGGCAGCGCCGCCCAAUUCGACGGGGAGGAACAGGCUCAGGGCGUCCGCCUGGCUCCUCACCAUGUCGCUCACUUUCGGGUAUGUGUACCAGGUCAUCGGGACUGCCACCAGGCCCACGCUGCAGGUGGCGCUGCUGCAGUGGGCGAUGCCUGCAGCGACCGGAAUCGCUGUGUUCAUCCUCUUCUGCCAAGAGGACAGAUCUGCCCCACCUCUGGCGGAAGAGCUGCUAGAUGUGGUGUAGAUGGAGCAGGAGUAACCGGAUCACAUGUGCAGCCCCUGGCACCCGCGCUUCGGCCUCCUCUUCCCCGCGACGAAGAACAUCGCAAUGUUGAGAACUUGCUCGGGAGAUGAGAGUCAUUAUCUUCCACGGUUUUGUUUAGUUGCUGUGCACCUUUCGUCUGUACAUGGCUUGCGCAAACAGUGAGAUGCAACGGUGGCUCGUUGUCUUGAGUGCCAGACGCAAGGCUAUCAAAGGAACUCCCACGUCUGGGAUUGAUCUUCAGUUCA